GUUUACCUGUGUUCUUCCGCCUGGCCGCAGACGAGUUAGACCCGCUCUGGACCAGGUUUAGACUCUAAUUAGAUCCACUUUAGACCUGGUUUAGUUCUAGUUGGGUCCGAGCCAACUUCAGUUUAAGGAAGUUUUUAUUUAUUCAACAUCCCCAUUUUGAGAAUCCCCGAGCCAGAGCUAGAACUAAACCAGGACUAAAGCAGGUCUAAACCAGGACUAAAGCAGGACUAAAGCAGGACUAAAGCAGGACUAAACCAGGACUAAACCAGGACUAAACCAGGACUAAACCAGGACUAAAGCAGGACUAAACCAGGUCUAAAGCUGGACUAAACCAGGACUAAAGCAGGACUAAAGCAGGACUAAACCAGGACUAAACCUGGACUAAAGCUGGACUAAACCAGGUCUAAACCAGGACUAAAGCAGGACUAAACCAGGACUAAACCAGGACUAAAGCAGGACUAAAGCAGGACUAAACCAGGACUAAACCAGGACUAAAGCUGGACUAAACCAGGACUAAACCAGGACUAAACCAGGACUAAACCAGGACUAAACCAGGUCUAAACCAGGUCUAAACCAGGUCUAAACCAGGACUAAACCAGGACUAAAUCAGGACUAAACCAGGUCUAAAGCAGGACUGAACCAGAACUAAACCAGGACUGAACCAGGACUAAACCAGGACUAAACCAGGUCUAAUGCAGGACUGAACCAGGACUAAACCAGGACUAAACCAGGUCUAAACCAAGUCUAAACCAGGACUCAACCAAGACUAGAUGAGGAUUAAACCCGGAUUAAACUGAGACAAAACUAGGACUAACCCAGGACUCGAUGAGGACUAGACCAGGACUAGAUCAGAACUAAACCAGGUCUUCACCAGUAAUAAACCAGGACUGAACCAGGACUAGAUUGGGACUAAACCAGGGAUAAAGAAGCAGGACUUGAACCAUGACGUUGUUGCUGAUUCCUUCACCUGGAUCUUGGUGGAUAAAACCCAGACCAAACCUGGACUAAACCUGGACUAGACCUGGACUAGACCUGGACUAAACCUGGACUAAACCUGGACUAAACCUGGACUAGAGUCAGAAUGCCGGACCUGAUCAGCGUCACGGAGUUCAUCAGCGAGACCAAUGAGGACUACAAAGCUCCGACCACGUCCAACUUCACCACCAGGAUGUCCCAGUGCAGGAACGCUGUGUCUGCGCUGGAGGAGGCUCUGGACCUGGACCGGACCGUUCUGUCCAAAAUAAAGAAGUCUGUGAAGGCCAUGAACACGUCCGGACUCACUCACGUGGAGAACGAGGAGCAGUUCGUGGCGUCGAUGGAGAAGUUUGGGGAUCACUGCGUUUGUCGUGAAGACGCUGAGGUCGGGUCUGCGUUCCUCAAGUUCGCCGUCUUCACCAAAGAACUCGCCGCGCUUUUCAAGAACCUGAUGCAGAACAUGAACAACAUCAUCACGUUUCCUCUGGACAGUUUGCUCAAAGGAGACCUGAAGGGCGUCAAAGGGGACCUGAAGAAACCGUUCGAUAAAGCCUGGAAGGACUACGAGGCCAAACUGUCGAAGUUGGAGAAGGAAAAGAGAGAACACGCCAAACAACACGGAAUGAUCCGGACCGAGUUCAGCGGAGGAGAGAUCGCAGAAGAGAUGGAGAAAGAAAGACGAGUGUUCCAGAUGCAGAUGUGUGAGUAUUUAAUCAAAGUGAACGAGAUCAAAGUGAAGAAAGGAGUCGACUUUUUACAAAACCUCAUCAAAUAUUUCCACGCACAGUGCAAUUUUUUUCAGGACGGACUUAAGGCCGUCGAGAACCUGAAACCUUCAGUGGAGAAACUCGCCACAGACCUGAGCACAAUUAAACAGGGGCAGGACGCUGAGAGGAAACAGUUGGUGCAGCUCAGAGACGUCCUGAAGACCUCACUACAGACGGAGAGUAAAGAGGAUUCUCAGAAGCAGAACUCGGGCUACAGUCUUCACCAGCUCCAGGGGAACAAAGCUCACGGCACCGAGCGCUCGGGCGUCUUGUACAAGAGGAGCGAAGGUCUGAGGAGAGUUUGGCAGAAGAGGAAAUGUUCGGUGAAAAACGGCUUCCUGACGAUAAACCACGGAACGUAUUUUGAGGAGUCAGGAAGCGACCAAUCACAGAGGCAGAGGAGAAAGAGGAGGCGGAGCUUAAGGAGGAGGAGGACGAGGAAAAGGGCGAAUCGACCUCCUGCCAAACUGAACCUGCUCACCUGUCAGGUCAAGAGGAACCCCGACGAGAAGAAAAGCUUCGACCUCUUCUCCCACGACAGAACGUAUCACUUCCAGACAGAAGAUGAAGCCGAGUGUCAGAUUUGGAUCUCGGUUCUCCAGAACAGUAAGGAGGAGGCGUUGAACAAAGCGUUUAAAGGAGAUCAGGACGAGGAGGAGAACAACAUCGUGCAGGAGUUGACCAGAGCCAUCGUGGGCGAAGUGCGGAGGAUGAGCGGGAACGACCAGUGCUGCGACUGCGGCGCCGCAGGUCCGUCGUGGCUCAGCACAAACCUGGGCGUGUUGAUCUGUAUCGAGUGUUCUGGGAUCCACAGGGAGAUGGGAGUUCACUUCUCCAGGAUCCAGAGUCUGGACCUGGACGUGCUGGGGACCUCAGAGCUGCUGUUGGCCAAAAACGUGGGGAAUUCGAGUUUUAACGAGAUCCUGGAGGCGGAUCUGGAGGGACAGGACGGGUCCAAACCGCACAGCUCCAGCGACAUGCAGAGCCGUAAAGACUUCAUCACGGCGAAGUACGUGGAGCGGCGGUUCGUGCUGCGCCUGCACCCUGAGCCCAGCAGGAGGCAGCAGCAGCUCUACGACGCCGUCCGGACCCGCGACAUCCUCGGACUCAUCCAGGUCUACGCCGAGGGAGCCGACCUGCUGGAGUCUAUCCCCCAACCCAACGAGCACGAGCCCGGGGAGACGGUUCUUCAUCUCGCCGUCCGGAUGGUCGACAGAAACUCUCUGCACAUCGUGGACUUCCUCGCUCAGAACAGCACAAACUUGGACAAACAGACGAGUCGAGGUUCGUCUGCGCUGCACUACUGCUGUUUAACCGACAACAGCGAGUGUCUCAAACUCCUGCUGCGAGGACGAGCCUCUGUCGACAUACUGAACGAUGCUGGAGAGACGCCGCUGGACCUCGCACGACGCCUCAGACACACUCAGUGUGAAGAACUGUUGACGCAGGCGCAGAGCGGGAAGUUUAACGUUCAUGUUCAUGUGGAGUACGAGUGGAGACUCCAGAACGAAGAUCUGGACGAGAGCGAAGACGAGAUGGAGGACAAGCCCAUCCCCAACCGCCGAGAGGAACGCCUCCAGGACCCGCCCCCAGAGCGCCCCUGUGACCUCCGACCCUGUGACCUCCGACCCGACCCGCGCUCUGACCCGCGCCCCGACCGUCCCGUGAGCUGCUUCGUGCCCGGCAGCGCCCCCUCUCCGUCGGGGUUGGCGCUGUUGGCUCGAGACGCGGCGUCGCUGGUGAGGGACCGGCAGAGGGCGCCGUGUCCCAGUCUGAUGAUCAGCAACGAGACGUACGGCACCAUGAUGGAGCCGGGGGGCGGAGCCAUGCCCCCGCUGCCCCCCAGAGCGCCACCCAGAGGUCAGAGCGGGCAGAGUCGGGUUCCGGGUCCCAGGGUGUUGCCGAUGGAAACGGUGGGACGCCAGCGCUCGUCCUCUGACCCCAGCGAGCCCCUCCCCCCCGACAGGAACAACUCCAUGUAUGUUCUCCCGGCGGCGCCCCCCCCUCCGCCUCCACCGACCUUUAAAUCGGCCAAAAACAUGCCCCUCCCGCCGCCGCCGCUGCCGCACUUCAAGGCCCCGCCCCCUCCGGCGUACAAAGCUCCGCCUCUUCCUCCGCCAGUCCCGAGUCACCAGACCAAACCCGGACCCAUGUCCCCCAAGUCGCCCAAGUCCCCCAAGUCCCCGACCUCUGCCUCAACGAAGAGAAGCUCGGGGCCGGACCGACCUCCCGUCAGAUCCGGCUCAAAGCGAAGCUCCGCCUCCCUGAAGAGUCCGGCUCCUCCCACUCCCAAACCCCGGACCACCUUCUCCCAGAAGCAGAAACCUCAGCGGGUCGUGGCGAUUUACAACUGCUCCGCCGAUAAUCCGGACGAGCUCACCUUCAUCGAGGGAGAGGUGAUCGUCGUGGAGGGAGAGGAGGACCCCGAGUGGUGGAUCGGACACAUCGAGAGCGAUCCGAGUCGGAGGGGCGUGUUUCCCGUCACGUUUGUCCAUUUUAUUACGGAAUAAAACACUGGACUAAAGCAGGACUAAACCAGAACUAAACCAGGACUAGACCAGGACUAAACCAGGACUACAUUGGGUCUAAACCGGGUUUAAUAAAUGAACCCAGUGUUGUUUAAAUACAGUGUUUACCUCCAUCUGGUGGACACAGGCGGUACUGCAGUUCAUAUGGAAAAAUCAAAUUUAGUUUAAACGUGGAGGAUUUGUUUUAACUUUUUUUUUUUUAUAUAUAUAUAAAACAACGUUAAUUCUGUAUUUAUGACUAAACCAGGUCUAAACCAGGUCUGAACGGCAGCGCCUUCACGUAAAUGAGACUCAGACUUUAGUGAUUCUGAGAGAUUUUAAAUAUAAUGUUUUGUAUUUGUGGAUUUUAAGAUUAUGAAUGAAUGAAUAAGAGUUGUUUGUUUUUUUUUUUUUUGACUGAAGCUGCGUCACAGGUGGAGUCUGGGUCAAAGGUCAAAUCUCCGUUAACGUGUUUUAUAUAUUUUUUUAUUUCACUGUUGGUUUUGGGGCGUCUCUGUUCUGAUCCUCAUUAAACUUUUCAAAAUAAAA